AUGCAGGAUUGGACUCUAAGGGUUCUACAGAAAUCUGAUCAGCAGCCAGAAGAUCCAGUCUACAUGAAACAAGUAUAUUGUUCAUCUGAUUCAGGAGGCAGAAGAAAAAAAAGAAAACUUGCCCUUCUCAAGGUCUUUCUCUUUCUGUGUUUGCUGCAAAGAGAGCUGGUAACCACUAGAGGGGAGGAGACUGCCGGCUUUACUGAAUGCUUCACCGUAGAGCUUGAAGGUGCAGGAGCUGUCACAAGACUGGUUGUCCAACGAAAUGGUUUAAAAUAUGUUAUGAAGGUGGGAAAACUAGAAGGAUUGUAUGUCCUUCAGAGUUCAUGUGGGCCUGGCAGUGGGAGGAGAGAAACAAAACGAAGCAUAAAGCAAGUGUUGAACGGGCUUUCCCAGGAUCCCCAGCCUGUAAAGAAAAUAGUUUCUUCUUUGUGUCAAUGUGUGUGUGAGCCAGAAAAACUUAUUGAGGGAAAGGCAAUCAGAUGGGACAGUGAAGGGGCCUAUUGGACCCAAGAUAGAAUGCUAUGUCAAAGAAACCAGCUUUGCAUUUCUGAAAAUUGUGACAUAACUGUAGAUGUUCUUGAAUCUGUUUCUGCUAUUACUUCUGACUCUUAUAUUUAUAAUAGAUCUCUUUUUGUACUCUGUGUGAGCUUUUAUAUUUAA